UGACACAACCGCGGGGGGUUCUUUAAAAGCUGGGCUGCCGGCACUGCACUCAGUGCUGAAAUCAGGGAGCCUCAGCACUGUGGCUGGACCGGGUCCACCCAUGGCAUCACUGGAACCAGGCCUCACCAGGUCCCUGAACAGGGGCCAAGAGCAGAGUUACAGCACUGGCAGGAGCCCCAAACCCCCACAGCGCCCUGGCACUCAGGACCAGACCUACCUGGAAGAGCUCAUCAGCAUCCCCAAGGGCAGUGGGCCUGGGUUCAGCUUUAGGAAACUCUGGGCUUUCACCGGUCCCGGCUUCCUCAUGAGCAUCGCCUACUUGGACCCAGGCAACGUGGAGUCAGACCUGCAAUGCGGGGCACUGGCGGGAUUCAAGCUGCUGUGGGUGCUGCUGUGGGCCACCGUCCUGGGGCUGCUGUGCCAGCGCCUGGCCAUCCGUCUAGGCGUGGUGACCGGGAAGGACCUGAGCGAGAUUUGCUACCACUAUUACCCCAAGGUGCCCCGUGUGCUGCUCUGGCUCAUGAUUGAGAUCGCCAUCGUUGGCUCCGACAUGCAGGAGGUGAUUGGGACAGCCAUUGCUUUCAGCCUGCUUUCAGCUGGCCGCAUCCCCCUCUGGGGUGGGGUCCUUAUCACCAUUGUGGACACCCUCUUCUUCCUCUUCCUCGAUAAGUAUGGACUCCGCAAACUGGAGGCUUUCUUCGGCCUCCUCAUCACCAUCAUGGCCCUGACCUUUGGCUAUGAGUAUGUGGUGGUGAGGCCAGGGCAGGUGGAGGUGCUGAAGGGAAUUUUCCUGCCCAGCUGCCCGGGCUGUGGGCGAAAGGAGCUGCUGCAGGCCAUGGGCAUCAUUGGCGCCAUCAUUAUGCCCCAUAACAUCUUCCUCCACUCCUCCUUGGUCAAGACACGGGCAAUCGACCGGUCCAAGAAGGAGGCGGUGCAGGAGGCCAAUAUGUAUUUCCUGAGCGAGUCCUGCCUGGCCCUCUUUGUCUCCUUCCUCAUCAACCUCUUUGUCAUGGCUGUCUUCGGCGAGGCUUUCUACCACCAGCGAAAUGAGGACGUGCACAACAAGUGCAUCAACAGCAGCAUCAGCCACUACGCCAGCAUCUUCCCCACCAACAACAAGACAGUCUCUGUGGAUAUCUACCAGGGGGGUGUCAUCCUGGGCUGCUAUUUCGGGGCAGUGGCACUGUACAUCUGGGGCAUCGGGAUCCUGGCAGCAGGACAGAGCUCCACAAUGACUGGGACUUACGCUGGGCAGUUCGUCAUGGAGGGCUUCCUGCAGCUCCGCUGGUCCCGCUUCAGCCGAGUGCUCUUCACCCGCUCCUUUGCCAUCCUGCCCACUGUCUUCGUGGCCGCUUUCAAGGAUGUCAGCCACCUCACAGGCAUGAAUGACCUGCUCAAUGUCCUGCAGAGCAUUCUGCUGCCUUUUGCCGUUCUGCCUGUCCUCACCUUCACCAGCCUGCACCCGCUCAUGCAGGAUUUCAGCAACAGCCUCCCAGGGAAGGUGCUGAUGACCCUCAUCACGGGGCUGGUCUGCACCAUCAACGUUUACUUCGUGGUGGACUUUUUGCCAACACUGCAUGGCCUGGAGUACCACAUUCCCCUGGGCCUGCUACUGGCUCUCUACGUGGCUUUCGUCGCCUACCUGAUCUGGACAUGCAGCAUCGCACAUGGAGCCCGGUUCCUAGCCCGGGGCCACCACAGCCGGUUCAAUUUUGGUCUCGCCCUCGAGCCGACAGGGACAUGGUGACAGAUCCCAUCUCUUAUCCCCACGUCCCUGCCCUGCGCGGCCUCCUCACAGCGGACACGGAUUUGCUGCCACUCCGAGUCCGGACAUGUUGUAACCAGAGAUGCACCCAGCAAGGAAAGGGUUAACAGACCGGCAGACCUCCCCCCAAGAUCCUAGAGCUCAGCGCUUCUUCCCAGCCCAAGCCCCGCCAAUUCCGGGGGUGCUGGUCCAGGCUUGAUGCGAGGCAAUGGGAUAGCAGCGGGAAGCUCUCCCAUCCCUUGCUACAGACGCUUCAGUGAAUGAGCCGCGUUGGGAGACUUCCCUGCUCAUUAUUGCCAGGAACCGCCGGCCCCCAGGACUUCUAAUCACCGCUGGGGACCGCUAAUUACCGCCGGGGACCGCUAACCACCCCGCACCGCCCGCCGCCGGCGGGGCCAGCCCCGGGACCGGCCCCAGCCCCACGCGGGGCUCCGCAACUCGGGGGGCGGGGGACGGCUGAUAAACGGCGUGUUUGGAACCUGGCCUCGGCCUCGCUGCUGCUGCGUGGCCCCGGUGUGGGGCGGGGACCCCCGGCCCAGCCGUAUCCCGGGGACGGCCCCUUUUCCCCGGGCGGGGGACUGGGCGGAGUUGCCAACGCGCGGCCGUGGCGGCGCGGGGGGCUCCGCGCCAGCUUUUUGCAUUCUCGCGGGGGGAGCGGGGCUGUCGGGGGCCCCACCGUGCCCUUCCCGCCCCGGAUGCCCCGUUUCCCGCCUGCCGGUACCGCCGGAUGCGGAUGCGAAGCCGCUCGGGCCCUCCCCGGGGGCGGCCGUGG